UCUAUCCUGUCCUGCUGCUGAGCACUCUCAUCGGCCCCUUGGCUGCCCACUACCCACCAUGCCCGAGGAGACCGGAGAAGACACCACAACCUGGACCCCGAGCCCAAGGAACAGGGCGCCGCCGAUGGCCCCUAACCACGUGCAGGAGGUGCGUCUGCACCCAGUGGAGUCCAUCAGUGACCUACACAGUGGAGGUUCACUGCGCCCCUAUCUGGCCGACGAGGCACAGUCAUGGGACGAGCUGCUGGGCAUUCUGCCACCGUCACUGUGUACCCAGGCUGGCUGCAGCCCUGGCCGUGGGGGCUUCCUGAUACUACUGGCGCUGCUGGUGCUCACCUGCCUGGCGCUUGCUGUGCUGGCUGUCUACCUGAGUGUGCUGCAGAGUGAAUCGUUACGGAUCCUGGCGCACACACUGCGCACGCAGGAGGAGGUGCUGCUUAAGCUCCGGCUGGCCAGCCUCAGCCAGCUGCGGAGGCUCAACUCCAGCGAGGCCCGGGCUCCCAGCUGAGAUGCCGCUUGGAA